GUUCCGUUUGGGCUUUUCCGAAAUUUUUUCCGGCUUGCGGAAUUCACGGUGCGAGGCGCGAAUCGCGACGAUUUGAAUUGUCCGUUGUUUUUUUUUUUGGAAAAACUUGGAUUUGAAGUGAGUGUGUGAUUUACGAUUUUGUUUCAUGGGCCACAUGUAACAACCAAUUUAACGGACACAGAACAGAUGCGAAAAGAAUCGAAAAACUCGCAGCCCCCGUCGAUCGGAUAAUUUUCCGUGGACGCGACAUGAAAAACUGGAAACAUCUAUGUGAGAAGCUCAACGUUGACCGACCUUAAAAAUGAUGUGCCUCGUGGCAUUAAAAUACACGUUCUUGUUUUUAAGUUUGGUUUUCACUUUAGGCCGUAGCUUACCGGCCAAGAGUACGAAGCAAGAAAAAGUACAAGAUCAAGAAUACUGGUACGAACAAGCUCGCAUAGCCUUAAGAAAGCGCCUACAAUACUCUAACGAUAGAAGACCGUUUGCGAAAAACGUUAUACUGUUCGUCGGAGAUGGAAUGGGGGUGGCGACGACGACAGCUUCGAGAAUAUUACGCGGACAACGGUUGGGGAAAAGCGGCGAAGAUCACGAACUCACUUGGGACACUUUCCCCGCCGUCGCACUAGCAAAGACGUACAACAUGGACGCUCAAAUUGGGGAAUCAUCGGCCUGCGCCACGGCUCUAAUGUGCGGCGUGAAAACUAACUUUGAAACGGUCGGCCUGGACGCCAGGGGCAGAUUUGAAAAUUGUUUUUCUAGCUUCUCCUCUCGCGUUCCAUCGCUAAUAGACUGGGCACAAGAAUCAGGCAAAUCCACAGGAAUUGUCACCAAUACUAGGAUAACCCACGCGACUCCUGCUGCCCUUUACGGACACGCUCCCUCGAGAUAUUGGGAGGACGAUUCAAAAGUUCCUCCGGCUUCCAGAAAAUCGUGCAAGGAUUUGGCUAGGCAAUUGAUUGAAAAUGAUCCAGGACGAAAUAUUAACGUUUUAAUGGGUGGCGGCCGACGUCAUUGGCUUCCCAAAGUGGCUCACGAUCCAGAGUUAACGAAAGAAGAGGGCCGUCGUCUGGAUGGCAGGAAUUUGAUCGAUGACUGGCUGAGAGAUAAGAAAAAGCGCGGCCUUAAAGCCGAAUAUGUUUGGAACAAGGGUCAUCUGGAAAAGCUCAAGUCUAAUCAAGUUGAUUACUUGUUGGGUUUAUUUUCAUAUUCCCACAUGGACUUUGAAGUUGACCGCGACCCAGGACCCUCGGGAGAUCCUUCUCUUGCAGAUAUGACUCGUGCAGCUCUUUCAAUUUUACUUAAGAACCCCAAAGGAUUUCUACUCGUUGUUGAAGGAGGUCGAAUAGACCACGCUCACCAUUACAAUAAUGCGUUCCGGGCUCUGGACGAGACCCUAGCGAUGGAAACGGCCGUUUUGGCCGCUCUGGCCCUGGUUAACCCCACCGAAACGUUAAUUGUCGUUACAUCGGACCAUUCGCACGUCUUAACUAUUGGCGGACAAGCGACCCCUAGAGGACACCCAAUUCUUGGUCCAGAUAGUAAAGUGUCGGACGUUGACGGUCAACCGUACACGACGCUUUUGUACGGAAACGGUCCGGGAUUCGCGACGCCGAGGAUCGUGCCUAUGAACACGACUUCCGCAAUGGAAGACAAGAACCAGGUGCACGGGUCGGCGGUGCCAAGACAAUGGGGCACGCACGCCGGCGAGGACGUGCCCGUUUACGCUCUGGGUCCGCUAGCCACGACUCUAUUUGCAGGUACUUUCGAUCAAAGUUACAUCCCGCACGCUAUCGCCUAUUCGGCCUGUCUCGGCGAACACCGGCUCCGCUGUCAAGGUUUGGACAGCUACUUUCCAGCGCCAGUUCCGAACUGUUCCACCGUUCCGGAAGUGUCCGGAAAUUCCGUGAACGGACAACCGGUUGCGGUUGCGUCGAGUGUCAUGUCGGACGAUAACGUGCAUCGUGUAAAGUCAAAUGGACGACAAGUGCAACCUCUUAUAGAGUUUUUAUUUGGGGUUUUAAUAUUUGCGGUUACUUGAGGUAGAAGGUUUAGUUGAGUUGGUAAUCAGGGUGUUCAAUGGGAGAAAAAAAAAAUGUAAUAGAGAAUAAUUUUGUAAAUAUUAAUUGUUGAAGUGUAUAUAAGAAGUACGUGUGUAUAGAGAAGAAAGACCAAUAAUUAAGUGCCGAUUUAACAGUUUUGGACAGUUGCAAGUUGGCGCUUGUUUUGUAAAUACUUUUCAAUUGAAAUCAGUGAGUUAUGACGUGUUGAUAUUUCCAAAUUUGUUUGCAAAGAGAAAAAAAGAACCUCACAUCAGAAUUGCCUCAAAUUUGAGCCAAUUCUGAUGUGAAGUUUUUUUUUUCUCUUUGUAAAUCAACCAAUCAGAGCACAGAACUGACAGAUUUCAAAUGUCAUUAAUGAAUCAAAAAUGUCAAACUUUUGUCUUCAAUCAGCUUUAAUAAUGAACUUUGUUUAAAUUUAAUAAUAUGGCGUCAAUCAGCAGACAUUGCAAGUUUUGGUAAUUUAUAUUAUUUUGUUAUUUCUAACUGUUGGAAUUUUAUUUUAUAGAAUUUAUCGUUGUAAAUAAAAUAUAGUAAUAAAUAAAUAAAUUUGUUUGCGUUUUUGUUAAAUUUAUAUAAUAUAAAAAUAUAUUCAGCUCAAUUGUAACAAAUCCCCGAUUAAACAGCUCGUUUAGGAAUUUUAAUAUUUUUGAAUGAAGCAUUUACAGUAGAUUAUCGAACUAUAAAUAUGAUGUAGAUGUUAUAUCUCUACCAAAUUACGCUGUAUAUACCUACUACACAAUUUGAUAUAACGCAAUAAACUAGCACUUUACUAAAUGAUUUUAAAUCCAAUAAAGCGACCGUACGAAAACAAAACAAUAUCGACCCAAUAAGGCUAAUUCAAUUAUACGAAACCCAACAAAAUCCCUACAAUAAUUGGCACAGUCUAAUACAAUUCCAGUUGUUCUAAGGUGUUGUAUUCACUUAAGCUCGAUGAUGACGAAAUGACUUCGAAAAAAAACAAAUCCGCCCUAAAUCUCAAAGCGCCUCAAAACGAGGAUACCAAUAAUUCUGAAACUUGUGAGCAAAGUUUUUCCGAUUGGAUAAGAUCAGAAGAAGGAAUAGAAAAUUUGAAAUUAUUCGUCCUCGGCAACAGCCUUAUCGGUUUUGUUCUGAUGCUCUGGCCUCAAAUUGAAAAAGUUUUCGACGCUGCUUAUUACACUUACUUGGAUUAUUCCAGUAAUAAUACGGAAUAGAGGGAUGUUUCAUUUACCGUUUCGUUCGUUGAUUUUUUUGGUUAUUAUGCUUGUUUAUACUUUUACAGCGCUGAAGUUUAUCGAUGAAUACUUUGGUGGUAAAUUUAAAGAGAAUUUGAAUAAUGAAUUAAAGUUGAAACAGACUCAAAAUGAUGAUAAUUUAUGUUAUAAGGAUAGUGAUUAUUAUAAAGAAAAUGGACAAGCAUUUUGUACUCAUGCAGAAAAAUAAAUAAUGUAAUCUUUUAUGAUGUUUUAAUAAAUAAUUGCAUUUUGCACCUUCUU